GCAUUUAGGAGGCACUUAGAGGAUCGUAAUACAAACACUUUGUUCGGCCGGCACGGCUCGUCUUCACGGUGUUUGCAUGGGUGGACGUGCGAGCGCUGGCAAGCAAAAAUACGUUUGUAGUGAGAUCGAUCGCAAUCAUCAAUCAAGUUACCCCGCAGCGAUCUCACAGCCUAUUGCGACGUGCGCAAGGUUUUCAUUUAACGUUGUGCAGUGCAAUCGAUCGGCAGCAGCUCCGCAGUUGCGAGUAUUCGGCAGUACAGUUUGGUCUCGUUUGUACCCGUUGGAAACGUCGAAAUGGCUUCUAAAUCUGCUUUCAAAUGCCGUGCCCAUGCACACGGCGCCAAACGCAGAGAAAGUAACCACACUGCGAGAGCCUGCUGCACCGCUGGCAAGCGAUGUCGGAGUAGUUGAAGGCGUGUCGGAAGCAGAGUCCUUCGAUAAGGAAGCAAUGGUACGUUCCGUGCACCAGCUAGAGGACAUCCUGCGUCGUCCGAUUUCCGAUGAGCUGCUGAGAAAAGUGUGCUUCAGCGAAAUGUUGCUAGUGUGCGACGGCAGCGAGACCAUCGUCGGUGGGGCCGCCAUCAGCGUGAGCCUGAUUGCGGAAGAAGUGUUGGCGGCAUUUUCCAGUACGAGACUUACAUUCCUUGGACAUUCUACGGCUGAAAGUGAGCUGAUGUCAUUUGCGGACAGAAACUGUCGCCCGCUGCAGGAGCGAAAAUGUGAAACGUUGUUUUCCGGCACUACCAGGCAGGAGAAACAAAUACAGCUCUACUUUGAUGAGGCCCACAACGUCACAGCGUAUCGGCAGGAAAGUAACGGACUGCGCACCGAAAGCUUCCACGGGAUGCUGUCGGGACCGGAUGGAAAGGCAGCGGAUAAUAGUGACAUGAGACAGACCAUUUUACCCGACGGAUUGCAAUUGCUACUGCUGCGCUAUUUGGUGUUGAGCAAUUUCGUAGGCGAAAUCUGUAGCCAAACGAUCGAUGUUCAGGGAAGGGUUGGAAAUUGUAUCCAUAAAAUUGCAGCUGCGGUUCCAGUGCCGAAAUCACGACGACAGAGUAAUGCAUCCGAAGAAGCAGUAAAAGAAGUUCGCAAAACAACUUGGUACUCGGACGGCACGGUUCCGGAGGAAAGCGUAUCACAUUACGAUUCCACGACUGGUCGGCUGCUUAGGCACGGUUGGAACGGUUCGAACUAUAUCCUUAUUGCGAACCCUCUCGGAAAGACAGCACCUACCGGACUGAUGGAUCUCGCGCGAAGCAUGCAAGAUUACGUACAAGCGUUGUCAAGCGUGAUCAAAAAUCGUGCCUCUGUGAAGGAAUUCCUGGACGAUGUACAUUGCUCGGUGAAAGAAAUGGAACGGUGUAAGAAUAUUGUAAAUCCUGUAUUAAUUGAUAUAAUAAAUGAGAUAUGAAAUAUAUGAAGCAUUUGGCAAGCAACAUGACUAUCUGUGUCCGCGACGAACCGUCCAGGAAUAAACAAGGAUACCGUCGUCUAGGCGUUCCGUUCCGUUGUCCUAGUGACGCUCUUUAUAGCAACAUAAUGAGCAUUGCUGGAGUAAAUGAUUCCGUACAAGUCUAGGUAAGCCAUGAGCGUUGGGCUGGCUUUUUAAGUAUUUGCGAUUGAAAUUUCAGUAAAGAUAGAAAUGGCUCAACUCAACUGUCCACCCUGUACGCCGUGCGCUUCCGUGUGCAUUGAACAUCAGCCAAUUCAAACGGAAACUUCCAUCGAUAAUCCGUUUCACAAGCCCAGGGAGCCAACGGCGGCGGACAUUCAUGCAUACCAGCAAGAGCUGCAAACGAGCCCGGUCGGAUUGCCCGCUAGCGAUCCACCGCCGUAUCUUCCGCAACGUGUUGGAAAUUCGGACGGGUAUCCUUUGGCGAAACCUAUGGGACCAAUUGGUCCGUGGGCGACGGGCCGCGUCGAUUGGGGUGCAUUGUCCGGACAAACCGGCACACGCCCCGUUGUCAACCAGUACUCGAUUACGCGUUACAGCGUAGAUGAGUGGCGUCAGCGAAAUGCGAAUAUGAUAAAUGCCUGCGAGUCCACCGUCGACCAAAGCGUGCAGGUGGAAAAUGCAAGUAAAAAUACCAUCAUUCGUACGUACGCCAUUGCGGACAAAACGCAAACGGAUUGCACCCACAGUUUGCACGUGCGAGCCAAAAAUAUAGACAAUUUAAAAUGUGAACUGAAUCGAGCCAUUUCCAGCAUGCAAGAAGAAAUAGCUGCGCUUGAACGACAACGGCGACGAUUGAAACAGUCGCUGGCGGUGCUUCGUAUGCCAGAAGCUAUCUCGAACGAGUGUUUGGAACGCCGUACGGGACGUCCGGACACUGAGCUGAUUCGCGAUCGGCCGGAAGAGGAAUUAAUACAGGAGAUAAGUUUGAUUUCGGAGAUUAAAGCGAUUCUACUCCAGACGCUUGCCAACAUCGAGCAACAGCAGAGCGACAACCGCGCCGUACGGCAGCGAAUGGAAUUUGACUGGAGCGAGAAAAAGGUGGCUCACGAAAACGAUGCCAUUAACUGCAAUCUUCGCAACCAGUCAACUAACACGUUGUUCAAACCCGGUGCUACCAGAUGCUCGAAUGAGCAAUCGACUGAAAUCUAUUGGGAAAAAUUUACACGUGAAACACUGGACAUGUACCAGAACUGUCGUCAUAAGUCGGAACAGUUGCGGAACACGCUGGAUGCGAUACUUACAAACGCUGCAAGGGAUUUGCGAACUCAAGCCGAUAGUGUGGAGCGGGCACUAGCUACGCGCAUUUCAUGCAUGGAAGAAAUUCGAGAAAAACUGGAGAUAGAUCUCCGGACGAUUCUGCAGCGCUUGGCAGACACCGAAAUUCAAAUUGAAAAGCUGAAGGUAGCCAUACGGAACAUGGAUUACUCUAUGAUGGUUGUGCAAACGCGUCUAGAUAAUCGCAAUCAGCGCCCGCGGGUGGAAAACUGUCGUGAUCAGCCGCAAAAUUUACUGAUUGCCGAGGUCAAAUCGCUUGAGGUGGGAACUUCUGCAAUGAACGCUCAGCUGAAACAGGAAGAGGACGUAAAGCAGGAGCUUAUCAACCGUCGCAAUGAAUUGGAGCGGGAAAUCAUGCUAAAGCGGCGCACUAUCGCAAUUGAUCGAGACCGUUGUCAACUGCUGCGAUCCCAUUUUCCUUCGUCCACUGCCUUGAGUGGUUACUGAAGCUGAACAUUUUCAACAGGAGCAGUAGCUGCCUUGACUUUGGUAAUCACAUUUUAUUAGUGUCUUUUGCGCUCUCCUUCUUUCUUCUAGCGCGCACUUAAUUAUUCACAAAUAACUCCCAGUCCAUCCAUUGCACGAGUUUGAAUGCUAGAUACACGGGAAUGAGCGUUAGUGAGAUGUACACGUAAUAACUGAGGUCUUCCUCCAUCGGAAGUACAUACUGAUUGAAUAAAACCGACGAAUUGUUGUGCUUUUCACGUAUA